CGAUAGUGUUUGCCACGUCUCAUGUUCUGCGUCAUUCCGACUUCCCGAAAUCGCUCGCCCAAGGUCACAACGAAGGGUCCGGUUGUCAUUGUAGCGGUGUAGCUUCCUGUUGUUCCAGCCAUUUCUGAAGCCGUGGCAGCAGGCAAAUAACUGCAAUGACUCUGAUGAGGUGUUGCAGGAUCAAGCGCUUUUGGAGCUGGUGAGGGGAAGCCCGUCAUGGAGGAGCUUUUCAUGAUAUUUGCACAGAAGCCUGCUGGCUAGAUGACAAGUUUAUUCGGAGCCAGGCACUGCUCAGGACCCAGUCACAGUCACCGUUAGUAGUGUCCAAGACACUGUCAUCACGGAUUUGGAUCUCCGGUCCACAGAAAUGCCAGCUAUAGCUUGACUAGCUUGACUGUCAUGGCAAGUCCGUUCGUUGUGAUUAGAGUGUGUGAUCCAGGACUUGUGCCUGCAGGAGUAGAUGCUGAGUUCUCCACCAGUAUGGUACUUCCUCACCACCCAACCUUGCCAAACCAGUUGGUUGCGAUUUUGAUUCUACAUGAAAGACCUUCAGCUAUUUUUCGCUUGUGCUAAAGAAGUCGGUACGAGGUCUUUCCCCUGGUCUUCAGAUUUAGUGUCUCGAAGGUUUCAGAGAACUGCAGCAACUAGCCUAGACUCCGAGAUCAAGGCAGAAAGAAUGUGCUUGCAAAUGAUAAACCACUGUCAAAAGCUUAGCCUGGCUGUGGAUUGGGGACUCAUUGAGUUUAGGGCACCGUUCAAGAACAGGUGGAAUGGCCGCGUGGCUUGUGAGCGUGCCGCGUGCAUUUGCGUGUCUUUCAGCCAAAGGACAGAACGGGCGCACGCGGCGCACCGUGGUUUCAUCCAACAAACGAGUCGCACUGGCGUUUCACAUCAGUCGUACUGCCUUUCACCCAGUCAGAGGCACUAAGUCACCUGGGCGCACGGCCUGGGCGCAGCCGCUGCUGGCUUCAGUAGUUGAUGUGGAAUGAGACUGGCAAUGGGUCAGAGUGAAGGGUGCGAUGGAACUUUACUGAACUGCUCACAGGAGUCUGGACAGGACUGGCCAAAUAUGUUUUGGGCCUUUCAAGAUUAGCUAGAGUGCAGGAAACCUUGGUUGUCAGACAGGAAGGUGCUUUUAAGACUUCAGUCCAAGUUGUGCCAAGGCCGAAGAGCCGCCUUUGUUAAACGCCGACUCAGGCUUCUUGAGACAGCAUCUGCACACAUAAGACACAAUCUUGCUGGCUCCUAAGAUCUUUGGAGUCUAGUGACAGCCCGCUGUGCUGCGAGGCGCUUCUGGCCAGCAAAGCCUGCAUAUUAGUUGCGGAAUAAGGGAUUUGACUCUAGUAAAAGUUGAUUGCACUUUUCUUCGCUUAGAGGUGUUUCCAGUUGCACCACCCUGCUGAUAUGGUCUGCAAGAUUGACAGAGACGUCGGUAGGUCUACCAACUCAUGCGCUGCUCAUCAAGCAGUCCAGGAGAUCUGCGGUCAGAGUUGCUGUGCACGUACUUAGUUCAGGGGAUCAAACAGACGAAGAAAUAUCAUGUGCCUGAACUUGCACGUAGCCUCCUUCAUAGAGACACUUUCUGGAUACUGGGCACUGCUAGGGUGUGCGCCAAGAUUUAGAUGGCUUUCCGAGUGAUCCAGGUCAAUCAAGCGAGUCUGAUGGGUGACUGCUGACCACAGCUUGAGAUGCAGAACUUCGCUAAGGUUGCCAUUGGGAAGGACAUUCCUUUGAUUUUGACCUUUAGAUCUGGAGCACACUUCUUGUCCUUUGGGUCCCAAAGGUUUGGUUGAGCUCGCUGCAGGAUUUAGCUCUUGCAAGCCGAUCAACCUAGUACCAAACUUGGCCAAUUGCAGCCCAAACAAGCCUUCGUUGCUCCGACAGCAUGUUCCAGCCAUUUCCGAGAAGCCACACCUGCCACGCCUCCAUUUCUCUUUCCUUCGAGAAUGGCUGAGAAGUGUUCAACGACUUCCCCGGAGAAAGUUCUGUGAGCCAAAGUCAUGACAGUUCUGCCAGGGUCCUUGUGAGGACCAAGCAGCAUGUGACUGUGAGGACGAGCUUUUCACGGCGAUCAACAUGUCCACCUUGAAUGUAGGACACAGCCUUUGGCCCAAGAUUCAGCAGUCCAACUCCUACGUAGGUUGGCUUCACUUGGAAGAUUUUGGCCUAAUGUCUCAACGGUCACCCAACUGCACCGGAGUUCCGAUUCGCUGGCUCCCCUAGGCCUCACAUCCUUGAGUAAAAGAUGCCAACAGAUUGGUAGUGUUUUCUUGAGACAUUGAGCUAGCUGUGCAGUGUAUAGUUGUUUGUUCUUCCCAUUUGAAUCAAGUCAACUUUCAUUCGAUUCAUGGCUUUCGGGGCUCCCAGGGCAAAGCAAUCAUACUUCCUGCUGCUAGUCAAGGUUGGCCAAAGAGGAGUAUCCCCUCCGUUUAAGGGUCUUCUCGGGUGGAACCCCUUAAGUUGUCGCUUCCGUGCACCGUCUAUGCCUUCGUGGGUGUCCAACCAAUUGGUCGCAAGAAAGAGGGAAGCGAAGUUGAAGCGACUCGCGACCAGUAAAUCAUGCCUUUCACCGUGAACCAUGCUUGAUUGACCCAAAAUGGAAGCCAAUAUGAAACGAAAUCAACCAUGCUUUCCUGAAUGCAAGACCUUCAUCCGUCAAUAGUUCAACGAGUCUCUUUGGCUGAGCUCCGGAGCUGUGGACCACCCCGUCUCCGGGUUCAGAGGCCGACAUGUCACUGGUGCCUUCCUAAAGUGAGGAGAGCGCGCACGCCGCGCGCUCGGUUUGGACAUGUCGUGUUUCGAUGAGGGCUUGUACAAGCUCAAAAGUGCUUCAUCCAGGUGGCGAGGUCAUUUUUGUAAGAUCUGCUGUUGGGAGCAGCGCAUUCGCCCGAUGUUCACUUCUGUGUCAGGUUUAAAGUGAGAUUCAACGUGUGAACUGUCAUGGCACUCCGUUGUUGAGUUACCUUUCCUCUCCUGAAGCUUUCGGGGCUGUGACACGGGGAGCCCUUCCUCGGAUAUUUGCGCAUUUGGGUGUAUACAAAUACAUGCCCUUCUGUGUUGGAGUGCCAGGAAGAGUGACAGUGGUCGCUGGGGUUGUUGUCCCAGGGUCGCUGGUCGUGAACAUUUUUGCAGUGCCAGAUUUGCAUGCGCGAUGCCCAAGUUGACGAGGCCUCCUAGGCCCAGGCAGCCCAAGCUUCGACUUUCAAAGCCCAAGAUUUGCAGCAAAAUUCGCAGCCAGCAGCACCAUCCAUUGUUACAUCGUGUGGCCAGCUGGACAUACGCAACUCCGAUCCAUCGCAUAAGACCAACGAAGCUAAGCUAAGCUCGGUUCUGUUUGACAGCAACGGACAGGCAGCGAAAGAGCAUAGAUUCUCUGGAUUUGGAACUGCUCAUUUCUUUAUGUGAGUUCUUAAAGAUGCUUUUGACUCUCAUUUCAUUUGGGCAACCUUCCAUCAAAAUGCCAGCCUGCAAAGCUGCUCCGCAAGUCCGACGGCGGGGCGGUUUUGGCCCUUAUGCUGUCAGGAGUGCCUUCUGCUAUGCCCACAGGGUGGAGAGAGAAGGACUGUUUCUCACAUCGUGGUAAGCUGGCGAAGCCGCCACUGAAAGAUCAUUGUCUCGUCACGUGAGCUUAUGAGCUUAAGUGGAGUAGCUGGUACUUUCUUGCAAAGAUAGUGAAGGUGCCGACGGGGUGCCGGCUUGGCUCCUUGAUUGUUUACUCUAAUUGCCAUGCACAGAUCAAGCUGAACAAAGGUCUUGACUGCUUUGACAUCCCUGAGCCCAAGGCCACCCUCUGCGAUUUGGCCUUGGCUUGUAGUGGUUGGAAUGCAAACACGAAGCCCUUCAGAAGCGCGUUUUGUCAAGAACGCAACGUUUUGCCCUGGCGACAGGCGCUUUCAUGUCCCCAUCUAUCCAGGAAGCUCCACACGAACCUGUCAGAGCUUGCGAAAUGCUGCAGAGAGCCUCAAGUAUUUAAUCAGCAAUUGGCAAGGGCACUGCUUUUCAGCAUGCAGUGUUUGCGUGGUAGUGAUACAUAUGCCCCGAGAUUGACACCGCUCUUCAAGAAGCGAGGGGUGUUCGCAGAAAAAAUCAGUGGACUGCUCAAAAGGCAUGUGGUCAGGGUAACUAGAAUCUGGAAGGCUCCGAGACGUAAACAAUGCAGAUUGGAUGCCAAAGUUUGGGGUCAAAAGUAAGGGCCCAUGGCAAAAAUACAGCAAAGCUGCCGCUGCCGAGCAAUUCUUAAAGUUGCAUGUGAUGAAUAUUCCGGCUUCCUGAUGGGUCGAAGCUGUGCUGCAUCGACGUUCGACUGCUUGGAUCUUGCGUUGAAGCAACGCCUGCGGGACGCCCAACAUGUUCAGAUCGCAAGGGUUGCUUGCGCCCAUCACAAGUGCUGCUUACAGGUCUUGUGCGCACCAAGUGCCUCACCAUGAGGUGAAGAAGCGAGUUGCAAUUGUCGUUUUCAAAGACUCUCUGUUGUCAGACGUGUCUCUUCUUCAGUAACAUGUUCACCCGCCGUUUUUGAGUGCGCCCAGCCGGAGAUUUGUCACCAAGUGCAUUCUUGCCAGUCGGCCAAGCGACUUGUGUGGGAAUUUAGGAGUCAGACUUGCUCUCGCUUCUUGAUGCAAAAGUACUUGCAGCAGAUUACAUUGUUUUUUUCACGAUCAAGGUUGCUAUUUUUGUCAAUGAAUGCCACCUCCAACUGCUGAAGAAGAGUUUGCAAGCUUGUACACAACAGGAUAUGUGAUACAAACUACAUCCAGAUCUACUGUUCUCCUCACUUCGUGGCCGAUACAGCUGCUACAAUGUGCUGUACCCCUUGACAUUCUUUGUGAUUCAGGCCCAUUGGCAUCACUUUGUCCGUCGAGAAACACUUCACCAGCGCAAGCUUCCCCCUGUCCUUGGAUUGACACAUCCAAAGAUGACUUGAGUCCCGUUUCUCUGUCACAAAGGGGAGUUCAACGUUGCAGACAUGCUGGCUUGACAGGCGGACCGUUGCUGCUGCGAUGACAAUCAUGUUUGCGGUUUUCCACCCUUAAAGCAUCACAUCUCUCGCCCAUCACCCCGUGCGGGUGGUGAACCAGAAAGGCAACAGCGAGUCGCCAGCAGAGACUCGACUGGCCGCACCGAACCGGCUGAAGACGAGGGCGAGGCCAUGGACUUGUCCGGCUGCGGGAGCGAAGCGGAGGACCAACGGCCAGUGGCAAGGCAGGCGGAAUCUCUUUGGCAAGAAUCAGUUGUUCUGAAGAAAGGGGGGCGCAACCUCACCAUGGGUGUCCAGGCCUGACCCGAUGCGAGCCGAUGCGACGAGCGCGCUGCUGAACGUCGCUGGAACGACGCGUUGCGCGACAACGACGGCACCGUGCGCGACACGGUGCCACCCGCGACUGUGUCGGGGGUCGGGUUUGACUUCCUCGACUGAAUAGAUGACCAAGGACUUCUAUGUGGGAGUCAUGCGACUUGAGUUGGAGGGAAUGUCACUACGAAGCUUAGCUCCAGCAGGAUGGAAGAAUGACCUUGGUGCCUUUUGUGGAAGAACAACGAGAGUACCAUGGUGCUCUUCUGGCCGUGGACAUUCUGUACUCCGCUAGCGUGUUCACUGGAUCCUAUUCCAUGAGGUUGGGUUCUUUCAUUCCGAAGACUGCACGGUCUCACCAAGUCACAGCUUGCGAGUUGAACGUUCACUAGGCCACUAGGCCUAUGAUCAGUGAAGCUGAGACAGAUGCCUCUUUGGCGCAGACAGAGGACAUUCUGGCGGAACAAACACGUCCAAGCCCUCUGACAAAGUGCAGAGCAGAUGAAGUCCUGCCUCAACUUCUCUCAAGCCAAAGGCGUCCCGUCCAUCAGGACAUUCUCACGAAGCGAUUUCUAUGCGCCAUGGCAACAGUUCUUGGAAAGCUGAUCAAGUCGCAGUCCGAGAGCAUAAAUGCAGAAGGUACGCUUGCCUUUUUGCCCCUGUUUCGUCGAAGUCGUUGAGGUUCGAUCCCUUGCUCGGACAGGGCUGCUUUCGAAUGCUUUCCACGCUGCCAGAAGUGGGCAACUACAGCCUGUACAUUCGGAUUCCAGAUGUGUUGGGAUAGACAUGACUGACUGUCAGCUGCUUGCUGUGAGGGCUGCCUUUCCGAUUUGGCAGCGUUUGGGAACCGACUCAAGCUCCACAGGUCACAAGAAGCAUGGUCCAUUUCAAGACCAAACAAAGGCCUUGGUUUUAGGUGGCAAAUGGCAUUACAUGCCAGCUUGGAGCCCAUUCAGAUUUCAACUGAAUUCGGACUUACAGAAGCAAAGACUCCUUGGCUUGCAAAGAGAAGCCAAGCUUUCAAUGACUGUACUUCAUCGGAUUCCACCUCGACGUGGACUUAACUUUUCAGCUCCUCAGCGUGCCACACACAUUCGCCGCUGGAUUAAGGCUUGGCAUAUUGCCAGUUGCCGGUGGAGCGUGCGAUCCUUUCACGGUCCCGGCCGUGCUCCGACGCUUCGGAG